AGAGCAAAGGCCGAUCGAGCCAGGCCAGAUGUCAGAUCAAAUCGGCUGGACGGACCGCGGAUCGAUCCAGAACCGCCACAAGCACCGCCACAUGCCUGGCCAACAAAGACAUGAUGCCGAAGUGGGUCCUGUCGUCACAGGCGAAGGCCUCGCCCUCGCCCUGCGGCAGAAGUAGCGACGCAUCGGCCGCAUGCCCGGCGACAUCACGGGCAUCCUGCAUGUGCGGGGCCAGGGCGUCCGCUGCCGGCGGCGGAUUGCCCUCGGGAACUGUGGCGUCGCAGGCGAGAAGUCCAUUUCGGCGGACUGCCGUUCCAUCGCUUCCUUUCUCCUGUCUGGUCCUCGCCCAGAGAUGGCAUCGCCAGAGGCAUCCCCGACUCCAGGCGACUCCAAUGAUCCUUCUGCCGGCGUGCUCUCGCUCGCUACCAUGGGUGGGCUGGCUUUUGUGGGUCUCGCCAUCAUGUCCUGCCUGAUUCUUGCCCUCCUCCGAUACAGUCGCAUCCAGGGAUUCAUAUCGGCAAGCCUGCCAUCCUACCGCUCCUCAUAUCUGGACCUGCCCGCCUAUGUCUCUCAAGAAGCCUUGGUGGCCGAAACACCACCGCCCUCGUACAACAUGGACGAGCUCAGUCUUGCGAUCCCACAAGCAGCCCAGCAGCGAGCACAGCUCACACCGACUUCAUCAAUCCGUCCUGGAACACCUGGCUCCCGUCGCUCAUGGAGGGUUUCAGGUCUUUAGGCAGACGCUCUUGUCAAGAAUAGACUGCCAUCGCCACUGCCAUCCGCCCAAAAGAGAGCCAUCAGUUUGAAUACGACCCCUUGCAGAAUCCGAAAUAGAGCAAACCUGAGAUGAACAUGAACAACUGUCCGCCC